CCCAUAAUCCAUGCAGUUCGUCCGGGCUCACCACAAGUUCCUCCAAUACAUCACAGUCCUCCAGUUCCCCCUGGAGCCACCAAUCGAGUCUCCCCUCGCACUCGCCCAGGAAGUUUUCUUCCAGGUGGUGGUAACGCUGCUUUUUCACCUCGAACAGAAAAUACUGCCACCACCUCAGAGGCUUCUACACCAAACGCUGAUGAGAACACCAAAAGGCUCCUCACUGAUGCUACUGGUUCCUCUUCAAGAACUGGAAAAAUCAGUGCAGGCGCUUCUUCAGCAUCCACCUCCACUUCAAUCGCCUCGUCUCUCGCCACCGUUCGACCAGCACGAUCGGACUCUCCACCAUCUCCACAUCUUGCUCCGGCUCCUGUUGUCUUCGAGGAGAGUUUAAGCACUCUGGCUACAGUUAGACCUGAUGACAGUUUUCCCACUCCUAGUCUCAGUCUUUUACCACCGCCGCCUCCAUGGAAUCAUGAUAAUAAUAAUAACAGCAUGAGCAGCAGUGUAAGCUCAUCUCAAACGGGGGGAGGUAAAGGGAAUAGUGCUGUUCGUCAACUUUUCGUCUGUCCUUACUGCCGUGCACUGCCAACAAUGUGUCGUUGCUCGGCCUCAUUGAAUAGUGCUUCUGAGACUGGAAACAGUGCUAGCUUUGAUGAUAGCGAGGAUGAGAGUGAAAGCACUUAUGCUUUCAGCACUCUGGAUUCGGAUUUUAUUGCUUGGAUGAGGUUGAGUGUGAAAAAUGUCCCUGCAUCACAUCCUUGCUACUCGUCUAGACAAGCUGAGGCUCUGGCUGCCCUUACGAGACAAGAAGUUGUCAAUAUUGUUGCCAUCUUUAAUACUAACCCACUUGGAUUAAGAAUGAGCCUGUCGGAAGAAACGAGUAAAUUAAUAGGGACAAUUCGAGUGUACAUAAAUCUCAUAAAACCAGUGAAGAUGUCUCUUCGCCAGACAAUGCGACACAUGCCCCAACAAGCCCCCGAUUCCCCUGCGGCUGCUGUUCCUGACCGCCUCAUCUCAUUCUUCCUUCCACGUGGAGGUUCUCGCCUUCUCCAACUUUCUGGUUCAACGUCUGCUCAAGAAGUGAUCCAAUGCCUUCUCGAUCGAUUUCAUAUUCAGGAGUCUGCCAACAAGUUUGCACUUUAUGAGCAUACCUUGGAAACUCAGACAAUAUUGUCACGAAAGUUACCCCCAUCUGAACGCCCACUCUCGAUGGUGAUGCAUUGGGUGCGUUCAGCACAAGCAUCAGGCGAGGAAUUCGCCUCUGCCAUCCGUCGUAAGCGCAUCGUUCUUCAGGAAAAUGAAAAUUGGGAAGUUGAUUGGUCAGACUUCACACCGGCAGAGUUGAUGAAUUUCCUUCGAAUAUUGGAAAAGGAAGAAGCUGAGUAUCGAAAUGCUAUAUACUACCAGUAUGGUCUGGUUCGUCAACAGAUAGAGCAACGUAUGGCCCAAUUAAGUGCUCAGGAUCGGCUGUUAGCUGCUCGACACUCGGUUGCCACUUGCCCCCCUCCUCCCGAACAAUUGAUCUGUCCUUCGUCAUCGACCAGCGUCGCCAAUACUUCCAACAAGAUGGAAAUGCAUCAUGCCAGUCUCUGA